CUUGACAGACACUCGCUUCUCGACUCCAGUCUCUGUCUGACUCUCUACCGACAAUCAGGACUGCCAUGUGCCUGCGCUCUUCCAUCGAAAGGUUCGCUAUUCCCUGCAUUUACGAGAUCGAGGGUAUAACCACUAUGCCGGUACCUGGUCGUCGCUGCCCUGCCUGCCUGGAGCGCGGAGACACCGUAUGGGUCAUUCCCGGCAAAUGCUGCCCACAGUGCGGCACACCUGUCAACUAGACAGGCAAUUCUUGUCCCUAUGCGGACGCUCAAAAGCUUUCUUCACACUUGGGUCUUAGUUGGCUUCGGAUCCAUCGGCGAAUAUUGGUAAUGGUUUGAAGGAUCUGCUGCAUUUCAGCCCGGGCGGAGCAUUGUUUGCAUUUACUGGCUCGGAGUUAGAUGUGGACACAUCAGUGGCAGCGCGUGCUUACGACAACAUUCGAUCUUGUACGAUACUGGUUG